AGGAGUCAUCAGGCGAGGCCUCAUCCGGCAUGGGAGGAUCUGACGAGUAUAGUAUUCCUCCGCCUACUGUUGAUGCUGAUGUCCUGCCGCCAGAGCAGGGGGAGCAGGGGGCACAGGGUGGCGAGGAGGACCUGAUCCAGAGGUUGCCGCCGUUUCCGGGGGGGCCUGUUGAGCUAUCGCUCCUCACCCAUUAUGCUGAUCACAAGGCUCCCUGGGCGUGGCAUGCACUCCUACGCACAGACGAGCGGUAUGUGGACCGUCGACAGUUGAAGGUGGCCACAGCUGGGGGGAAGGUUUGGAACCUUGCUUGUGAUGGUGAUUCAGACAGUCACAGGCGGGUUCGAGAGUUGAUUGAGCAGACGGGUCUUCAUCAGCUACCCUAUUGCAGCUACCCGGUGACAGAUGCAGGCCUUAUUUUGGUCCUUGUGGAGCGAUGGCAUGAGGAGACUAGUAGCUUCCACAUGCCGUUCGGGGAGAUGACUAUCACCUUGGACGACGUGUCGGCUCUUCUCCAUCUCCCCAUGGGGUCGAGGUUCUAUAUGCCUGGGAGGGGGGAGAGGGACGAGUGUGCAGCGCUCUGUGCUCAGUUGAUGGGAGGAUCUGUUGGUAUUUAUGAGGCUGAUUUUGAUACGAAUAGGUCCCAGACUAUUCGCUUUGGGGUCUUGCAGACCCGGUAUGAGGCUGCGUUGGCGGAGCACCGAUAUGAGGACGCUGCACGGAUUUGGCUGGUGAACCAGCUAGGCGCCACGCUCUUUGCUAGCAAGAGCGGAGGCUACCAUACGACCGUCUACUGGAUAGGGAUGUUGGAGGAUCUUGGUCGAGUGUGCGAGUACGCGUGGGGCGCGAUUGCGCUCGCUACGCUAUACGACCAGCUUAGUCGAGCGUCCAGGAGGGGGACGGCCCAGAUGGGAGGUUUUAGCUCGCUCCUGCUAGGAUGGGUCUACGAGUACCUUUCUGACCGCGUCAUUAUCCGUAGGGCGGAUCCGGAGUACUCGCAGGACCAGCCUAGGGCGCGGCGGUGGGCUAUGUCCCGGGUCGGGCAUGCAGGCCUUGAUGAGAGGCGAGUCAUGCUCGAUGAGCUGACGGUGGAUGACGUUAUAUGGACCCCAUUUGAGGACCAUCGGGCUCAUCGACCACGGGAUCCGAGGGCCAUGUAUUCUGGCUACAUCCGGUCGCCAUUUGGCCGUGUUGUUCGAUGGCAUCUACCAGAGAGGGUUCUGCGCCAGUUUGGCUUCAUACAGGAUGUCCCUCGACACCCCUCUGAGAUCCAGACGUCUGGGUCCCUUGCUGAGACCGCAGAUGCUGCCUUUGCUGAGUUUGCGCCGCACCUCCGCCCUCAGGGGAUCCCCGCUACAUAUCCGGGAGAGACUGUGGAGGAUUACAUGAGGUGGUACAGCGCUGUGUCCCAUCGGUUCAUCAUCCCUGAUGAUAGGAGGGAGGAGUUCAGUGCGGUGACUGUUAUGCGUCGGGCCGUGGACUUGUUGGAGCAGUCACUCGAGGUGCCAGAUGCUCCUGCAGAGGGCACGCAUUCCCGAUCCCUCACUGAGAGGGCGCUGGAUCUUAUUAGAUCCAAUGCCUUCAUUGGUACCCAGGGGGUAGCCUUUGCUGCUGUCCGAGGAGCUAGAGCUGCAGGAGGCAGAGGUCGUGGAGACAGAGCGCGUGGAGGCAGAGGCCGUGGAGGCAGAGCCCGUGGACCUAGAGGUCGUAGAGGGGCCGGUAGGGGCCGGGGCGAGUGA